UGAGAACUUGACCUUCAGAGGUACAUAUUCUCUCAAAACAUACGCAGGGAUGGACUGUUCUUUGUCAAUCGAAGAACUUAACCCCAUACUACAGUGACAAGUUGUACCUCGCUUGUUAAAUCGUCAGAGCUGGCCCCUGCUUAGAGCUGGAGGUAUCGUGCGUCCUCAUUGAAACUCUGUUGAUUUUCAUCUCUCGUGUCAUUUUCAUCACAACAAAAGCCUCGGAAUCUCCCUCCGAGAGUCGCUCAACUCCAAGCAAACACUUGGCAAAUUCCCAGAAUACAAUAGACUAGAUCACUUUAGCAAAAGCUCAUUCUCGUCCAUCUCAGCGAUAAAAACCGGGCUGCCCCGCCUACACGUGACCAAAAACUGCAGGGCCUUCCGCCGCAAUGAGGCACACACCAUCGUCACCUUCACCUUCAAACUCCAAGACUGAGCCUACUCUACUCUAUUUCUUCCCUCCACCAAGAACCGAAUCACACCUUUAAACACCCCACGACGACAAGAGACCUCUCCACACGACAUAGACCUCGCGCUUUCAACUAACUAAAGCACUUUCAUCCCUGAGUCUUCUUUCUCAGGUAGUUCGCGCACCGAUUUUCUUCCGACCUCUCUCCACACAAACCAACAACGCCUUACAGCUCCUCACCUGCUGCCCCCUCCCGCGCCCCGAACCCACGAGAGGCCGACCUCUGUGCUGUUUUGCAUAUAAUACCUCACCCUUUUACUUUCUUUCGAUCCGUAGACGGAUCCUAUACACGCAAUGGCGGAUCAGCUAGCAGACAAGCUGAAAUCCACCCAACUCAGGUCCGCUGCGCCGCCCUAGCGGCCCUUGUGAGCUUGGACUAACUCGAGCAGUGACGGUGCUCCCGCCGCGAGUGACGAGUGGAAGAAGAACCUGAACCUCCCCGCAAAGGAUAACCGACAACAAACAGAGGAUGUUACAAACACAAAGGGCCUCGAGUUCGAGAACUUUGCCCUCAAGCGAGAUCUACUUAUGGGAAUUUUUGAAGCAGGAUUUGAGAAACCUUCACCAAUUCAAGAGGAAGCUAUACCCGUCGCAUUAACUGGCCGAGAUAUUCUUGCACGAGCAAAGAACGGCACUGGCAAGACAGCUGCCUUUGUCAUCCCUACCUUGGAACGCAUCAAUCCCAAGGUUUCCAAGAUUCAAUGUCUUAUCCUUGUCCCCACACGUGAGCUUGCCAUGCAGACCUCGCAAGUCUGCAAGACCCUCGGCAAGCACCUCGGCAUUAAUGUUAUGGUUACGACUGGUGGUACCGGUCUUCGAGAUGACAUUAUUCGUCUGCAGGAUCCCGUCCAUAUUGUGGUUGGUACCCCAGGCCGAAUUCUCGAUCUCGCUGGCAAGAAUGUUGCCGAUCUUAGCGAAUGCCCCAUGUUCAUCAUGGAUGAAGCCGAUAAGCUUCUAUCCAUCGAGUUUACUCCCGUUAUCGAACAGCUUCUGCAAUUUCACCCCAAGGACCGACAAGUCAUGCUUUUCUCAGCCACAUUCCCUCUGUCCGUCAAGGACUUUUCCGAUAAGAACAUGGUCAGCCCCUAUGAGAUCAACCUGAUGGACGAGCUCACUCUGAGGGGUAUCACUCAAUACUACGCCUUUGUUGAAGAGAAGCAGAAGGUCCACUGCUUGAACACCCUCUUCUCCAAGCUCCAAAUCAACCAGUCGAUUAUCUUCUGUAAUUCCACCAACCGAGUCGAACUUCUCGCUAAGAAAAUUACCGAACUUGGAUACUCCUGCUUCUACAGUCAUGCUAAGAUGCAGCAACAUGCACGAAACCGUGUUUUCCACGACUUCCGCAACGGUGUGUGCCGAAACUUGGUCUGUUCCGAUCUCCUCACCCGUGGUAUCGACAUCCAGGCUGUCAACGUUGUCAUCAACUUUGAUUUCCCCAAGAAUGCCGAGACCUACCUUCAUCGCAUUGGUCGAUCUGGUCGUUAUGGCCACCUUGGUCUGGCUAUCAACCUGAUCAACUGGGACGACCGCUUCAACCUCUACAACAUUGAGCGGGAUCUUGGCACUGAGAUCCAGCCUAUCCCCGCCAGCAUCGACAAGAGUCUCUAUGUCUACGAGAACCCUGAGUCGAUCCCCCGACCCAUCUCCAACAUGCAAAGGGGACAACUACCUGCGGCCCAGGGUCAGCAGCAGCCCCAAACUCAACAACCUCAGCAAUACCAACAGCCUCAGCAGAUGCAGCAGGCUGGUCUGCCUCAACAAGGCCAGGGUAAUUGGCAGAGCCAAAACCCUCAGCACGGCAACCCGCACUAUAACAACGGCGGGCGAGGUCGUGGACGAGGCCGUGGGUAUCGUGGCCGCGGUGGCCAAGGCGCAGGCGGUCGAGGUCGCGGCCCGCCCCGCGAUGCCCAAUCCUAAUAUUAUAUAUACUCAUGCAUGGCGUUAGGUAGGCGAGACAGGGGUUUAAGGAUGACUUUAAGAUGAUUUUUUUUGUACUGGGUUGUGAUUUCAAUGUUGGAUUGUACAUUAUUCGCAUAUUUUUCCGCGAAUGGAUGGGACGGCGAACGGCCUGCACUGCCGAUGGAUUACGACUCCUUCGACACUUUCACAAAGGGUUUCUAUGCAAAAACCCAACACAUUAGCGAGCCCCGACUCAUAUGGCUCACGCAUUCUUGGCAUGGAGGCCCUGUUGGCUUCCUUUUUGCACGGAUCUGUCAGUCGUAUCAUCACCAUCGGCUUUGGCAUUCUGUUUGAUUUGGUUCAUGAUAUCUACGGAUGAUGAAAAAGAGCGAGAAAUGGAACUUCCAGGGAAAAGGUGUUCUUUGGGCAUCGACCACGGUAGACACACCCGCUUUGGGGCUGGGCACAGCCAAAUGGUGCGGGGAGAAGGGAAAGGAAGGGGGUGUUUCUGAGGUUCGAGGCGUUCGAGGCUUUUCACGCGGAUGGCGUUGCCCUCGGUUUGUAUUUGAGGGCUGCAAUUUCUGUAGCUGACUUGCGAUUUGAACGGCACCUCGGCGGAGCGAGCGCACGGGGGAUAUGAUACCCUUACGGCAAAUCUACGUUGGAUGAGCGGAUCUCAUGAGCUGAGGCAGACUCUGCUAGACGUAUUGGUGGGUUCGAAAGGGCUUUAUGAGGCCCACGGGUAACAUCACUACAUUGAUCUUGCUCUCUCUCCCCUAUCACGGACAAGAUGCAGUCUUUGCUCGAACAUGGCUUCUCGCGACAAGACUGAGGGUUGAGACAGUGAGAUGACUGCUAUUGAGCAGCACCAAUGAAAACCAUGAAAGUAGAAAAACAAGAAAAAAUAACUUUUGGGAGGGGAAACUGAAUGGACUGGAUGGCUUUCGUACCGGCUCGGCACGUGCCGUUGUAUGGACGGAUUUUGCGUUCUGCAACGACGUGGCUGGAGCUGGUGAGGCAGAUAGUUUAUUUGAGCAAAACUGUGGGAUUUCCCACUUUCCUCUCACACAGAUGACCCUUGACUCUUGUGAUAACUUGUGAUAGUGAACUUAUUGAGAGGAAUAGCGUGCUCGAUCACAGGGAGUAGAAAUGAUUCAGAUGUAGUUCGAUUUUGACAGAUCAGAAACCACCUGUACGGCAAGCCCCUGUUCAAGAUUCCAGUUUAAGUUUGAGAGAACACUGUAUGUAGUAAUUGGGGUGUGUUAAGAGAGUCAAGUUAGGAAGUUGUCGUGAAACGUCUGAAAGAGGCUCGUGAAGUAAAAGCGAAUGAGUCAGCACUGGAAUGCGAUCUGACAAAAACCAGGGGCAGGGUCCAUAGGGCUUUCACGUAUCUGAUCAACAAAGGCGCGUUAGUUAGCACUAGACUACACAUGUUCCUGGAAAUCACAGCCCUCCUUUUUAUUUCCAGAGAGAGGGCCAAGAAAGUUGAGUUAGC